GCGUAAUGUCAGUCGGCUGUGGCCGCGUGCUAACACUGAGCAUCCUAUGACGGAGGCAAGCGUACGGCAGAAAUUCUAUAAAAUUUGGAGUACUUUGUGUCGAAGACAAUUGGACAGGAAGGAAGAACAGAAAAUCUGAACAGAUUCUUUUUUAAAAAUGUGGAGCUGUACAGCGGAAGGCAUGCUGCCGAAGAGACGAGAUAUAGACUUUCUUGGCAAGCAUGGUUAUUUUGUUAAUGUUAAUGGAGAAAUAUGAACAAAGGAUGAACGCGCUGAACGUGGAGUUUUUUAACACGGGGUGACAAAAUCCUAUUUCACUCCGGAGCCACAAACUAACACUCAUUUUUGGAAUAAUAAACACCGAUUGCCUUGCCCAGAUCGAACAAAAGGAAAUCGCUUGCUCGCUGAGGUUAGCAAGAAAGUAUAAUUAUAACGUUAGGGAUGUGUAUUGUGUCUUAAUCUGAGAAUAUGCUUCGAGCCGGCGAUGAGGGAUAAGUGAUGUUAUCCGCGGAACCGCACUUUUCAAGAAUGAAGUGAUUGCCCAUUUCGGUAAAACAUUUUUUGUCUGUCGUCUCAAAAAUAUACCCGAAGUGGACAACUUCGGACUUAGAUAGCCAAAGCCUUGGAGGAAUAAGUGAACGGAAACCUCCCAUUGAUUGACUACACUUGGAGCUUCACAGACUCGCGUUGCGAGUCUGUGAGCCGGAGAGAGCGGGACGCUGCCGACCCCCCCGAGCGCCGACGCCAUGAGCUGGAGCUUCCUCACCCGGCUCCUGGAGGAGAUCCACAACCACUCCACCUUCGUGGGGAAGCUGUGGCUGACGGUGCUCAUCGUCUUCCGCAUCGUGCUGACGGCGGUGGGCGGGGAGUCCAUCUACUACGACGAGCAGAGCAAGUUCGUCUGCAACUCGGGCCAGCCGGGCUGCGAGAACGUGUGCUACGACGCCUUCGCGCCGCUCUCGCACGUCCGCUUCUGGGUCUUCCAGAUCAUCCUGGUGGCCAUGCCCUCGCUCAUCUACCUGGGCUACGCCAUCAACAAGAUCGCCCGGCUGGAGGAGGGGGGCGGAGCCUGCCAGGCGGGGGCGGGGCCCCCGGGAUUCACCCACAGGAGACCCCGCAAGAUAUUCUUCGGUGGGCGGGGCCAGGGGAGGGGCGUGUCCGAGGAGGCGGAGGAGGACCAGGAGGACGACCCCAUGAUCUACGAGGUGCCCGAGAUGGAGGGGCGGAUGGAGAUGGCCCCGCCCCGGCGGAGGACGAAGGCGCGUCACGACGGGCGGCGGCGUAUCCGUGCCGACGGGCUGAUGCGGGUGUAUGUGGCGCAGCUGCUGAUGCGCACGGCCCUGGAGGCGGGGUUCCUGGCCGGGCAGUACGCCCUGUACGGGCUGGCCGUGCCGUCCGUCUUCGUCUGCUCCGACCCGCCCUGCCCGCACCGCGUGGACUGCUUCGUCUCGCGGCCCACGGAGAAGACCAUCUUCCUGCGCAUCAUGUACAGCGUCACCCUGCUCUGCCUGGCGCUCAACCUGUGGGAGAUGCUGCACCUGGGGGCGGGCACCCUCUGUGACAUCAUACGCCGCCGUCGGAGCCCGCCCCCCGAGGACGAGUACCAGCUGGGCUCGCUGGGGCCCGGGGUGGGGGCGGGAGUGGGCGGGGCUGGUGGCCCCGCGGGCGAGGAUGAGAGCGGGGGAGGGGUGCCGGGCGGGGACUACGGCAGCUACCCCUUCUCGUGGAACACCCCCCUGGCCCCGCCCGGCUACAACAUCGCGGUGAAGCCCGAGCAGCCGCCGUACGCAGACCUGAGCAACGGCAAGAUGGCCUGCCGGCAGAACCGGGCCAACAUCGCCCAGGAGGAGCAGCAGCAGUUCGGCAGCAACGAGGAGAACUUCCCCACGGGGGAGACGCGUGUCUCCCUGCAGAAGGAGGUCCAGGAGGCGCAGGACCAGCUGGAGGCGGCGCUCCAGGCCUACAGCCGGCAGCACGAGGACGGGGAGAAGCCUCAGAGCAACGUGGCGCUCCCGCACCGCGAGCGGAAGCAGCGCUCCGGAUCCAAACACAGCAGCGCCAAGAGCAGGGAGGACUCCAGCACCAGCAGCGUCAGCAGCAACAGCAAGUCCGCAGAGACCAAGCCCUCUGUGUGGAUCUGAGCUCUAACACUGAGGGGCGCAAGAGCUGCAGCUCUGUGAGAAUCACUCACACACACUCACACGCAUACACACACUCACACACACACACACACACACACACACACACAUUGUCACACACCAGCAUGACACCCCUGGGAGGGAUAUGUGGCAGAGCCGGGAAGUACCGUUGGUUGUCGCAUUGAGAGAGAGAGAGAGAGCGCACCCACACAAACAUGAAAUCAAAUAAACAGACACCUACCACCCGUCCCCCUCACGGGUUCCGGGCAAAAACAAUAAACUAAAACAACAAGCUAAAAUAACAAAAACCACUUUCCCGUGCGCCGCCCGUAGCUGGCCCGUUUCCCAGCUGGCGCCAGCUCCUCCCGCAUCCCAGCUGAGGAUCACUUCCUUUGGUCUUUCCUUUUUGCCUGAACCAAGCUCCAGAAUAAAACAAAGCUAAAAUCGUAAACGUGCUCUCGUGUGAGGUCCCGGUCUCGGCCCCAAACUGUGGAGAGCAGCACACCUUUAUGCACCUGGGCUGAUUAGCCAACGCAACCCAGGUGCAUGUGCUCUCUUCACCAAUCCGUUUCUUCGGUGGACUGAAUGUCACACACAUACUUACAGGCGCACGCACACACACAUAUAUACACACGUGCACGCACAUGCACACACACACACACACACACACACACUUACACAUACAUAGACACGUGCAUGCACAUGCGCACACACACACGCAUGCACGUACACACACACAUAUACAUACACACGCUCACAGGCACACAGACAUACACACUCAGACACUCAACUCAAACACAAGCACAGUAAAAUGUGGAAUGGUUGCCGUGUUCUCACAGAUCAGUCUUAGUUAUGCUGUGUCUUAAGGUAUAUCUUAUUUAAGUUCUUAUAACCCCCAAUGGCUGUUUAAAUUAGACACCGGCAUCCAGUAAUGAUCACAUUAGAUUUUAUUCUUUCUUUAUUCUAUACUAAACACAUGAAAAGUAUGGGCAAGAAUUAGGCUGAACUGGAAAAAAUGUUAGGGACAAGGUUAGGAGAUUAAGAAGACUGAAUCUGAGCAGCUCUUGCAAACACAUUAACAUUGCCAAGCGAGAAAAACAAAGGGACAUCUAACUGACUAAUAUAAAACACUUUCUGCAAGAUAAAUCCGAUCUUUUCCUUAAAAGGCAAGCCACUGCAAAAGAACUGUGACUGCUUUACCCACACUGACGGCGGGGGUUAUUCCUGGGGGGAGAAGCAUAGGAUAAAGGGAACAUUCAAGCAAACACGCACACACACCAGAGAAACACACAUACACACACACACACACACAUGCACACGCGCACAUACACACGCACACACACCAGAGAAACACACACACACACACACACCAGACACACACACAGAGCAGACAAACACACACACACACAUGCACAUGCACCAGACACACACACACAAAAUUUUUCCAAUAGCACAUGGUCCUGGUGCGAGUGCUCAGUCCAUAAUGAAGGCAGUAGGGUUGUUCUCCAGUUCCAUACCUCAGCUCUCCUCGGCCUGUUCGUGAAACAGUACAGUACUUCCUGUUGAACUUAAAGCUCACAGUAACACAAACAUUAAGAAAUACUGCCACUGCAAAAAAGACUACCAGUAUGCAGCUACAGCCAAUGAGGUAGCACAUCCUGACUGGUCCUCAGUCUUACUAAAGAGACCACGGGGCCCGGAGGAGCCCAGCACGGCCCCUGCAGUACCUCAGGUCAGCUGUAUGCCAGUGUUCACCUGGCACAGUCCUCACAACCGCCCCAUAUCUGCAUUAAGACAUUCAUGCAUAUUCUGAUGUUAAAUUGAGAGAAUGGGAAGUAAGGCUCCUGUUGAAUGCUGGGAAUUGUAGUCCUGCAUACCAGUUCUUAACACUGGUGGAAGAUGGUGAGGGCAUAGAGAUUAAAAGCUGCAUUUCUAUAGAAAUAAAUGUGCCUUAAUAUCCUAUAAGCUGGAGGUGGGUUGGGCCAGCAACCCGUCUUGAAUAUUCAGGGACAGAUACUGCCCUCAGCUAGACCCCUGAAUCAGACUGGUGUCAGGGACAGAUACUGCCCUCAGCUAGACCCCUGAAUCAGGCUGGUGUUAGGGACAGAUACUGCUCUCAGCUAGACCCCUGAAUCAGACUGGUGUCAGGGACAGAUACUGCCCUCAGCUAGACCCCUGAAUCAGACUGGUGUUAGGGUCAGAUACUGCCCUCAGCUAGACUCCUGAA